AUGGCGCCAACAUCAAUUCCACUACGGCUGUACGCGGAUCGGGCGGCAAAGUUUGUACCGCACCAAGGCCGACCGAUCACGGUGCGCAAGUUGAGGGAGGCUAGCAACGCGGGAUUGAAUAUCUUUCGGGACUACUGUGCGAAUAGUUCGAUCCAUGGGUUUAAGUACUUCGUGGGGACGAACAGAACGCGUGCGGAAAAAAUCUGGUGGGCGACAAUGUGCAUCCUCUCGAUUUACGGUUGCGGCAGCCUCAUACAGACCGUGUACGAUAAGUGGCGACGUGAUCCGGUAGUGGUUACUUUCGCAGAGAAACCAACCCCUAUCUACGAUAUCCCAUUCCCAGCCGUUACCAUCUGUCCGAUCACGAAGGUGAAGUCAAGUGUGCUCAACUUUACUGAAGUGUAUCAGCGCGUUGUACACCGUAGUGGGAACGUCUCUGAAAAGGAAUAUGAUCGAUUUUUGGCAAUGUUACAGGUGUGUGACUUUUCGUUCAAUGAAUUUCUUCCCAACCAAAGCUUCGACAACAAUCUUGUGCGUGUGCUGAAAAAUAUGGCUCUCUCGUUUGAGGAUACGUUCUUGACUUGUAUCUGGAGGAAUAAGUACACCAGCUGCAAGGGUCUGUUCGAAUCGACGCUGACGGAGCGUGGUAUAUGCUACACCUUCAAUGGGCUUUCUGCGGACGUUAUUCUACGCAAGGAAGAGUUUCACCAAGAUUUUGAACAUUUGGGCGAAAAAAGAUCAUCAGAGAAUUGGUCGAUGGAACAAGGAUACAAACCCAAUCUGGGACUUGAUGUUUACCCUAGAAGAGUGGUAAGUUCUGGAUCUCCUGCUGGACUAAUAGUGCUUCUUAAGGCAGACCUGGAAGAUAUGGACUAUCUUUGUGGGAAUUCAUUCCAGGGCUUUCAAGUGCAGAUCCACACUCCGGAUCAAUGUCCGCAGAUCUCGAGCCAAAGUAUUCGGGUGCCGAUGAAUCAUGCGCUUACCGUCCGGUUAGAUCCCUUCCUGAUAACCACUUCCGAAAAUGUCAAAUCUUACAGCGCUCAAAAGCGCCGUUGUUACUAUCCACACGAACGAUAUUUACGCUUCUUUCGUAUCUACACCAAACGUAACUGCGAGCUGGAGUGUUUGGCCAACUUUACGCUACACAUGUGUGGUUGCGUUCAGUAUUCGAUGCCACGACCACCAGGCGUAUAUAUCUGUGGUAUUGGACGGUUAGAGUGUUGCGAUCAGGCGGAAUUGAUUCUACAGGAGCAAGGGUUGCGUUUGGUGGACAACUCGUCCAAAAUGUUGCUGCAAUCGUGUCACUGUUUGCCGGCCUGUAUCUUUCUCGAGUACAAGACGGAAAUUUCGCAGGCACACUUUGACUGGCAACGGCUCACCAGCACGGUCCAUCUGUACGAGAAGGAAAUGAACCACUCGGAAAUGUCAUCUAUAUCGAUCUACUACAAGGAGCCGCAGUUCAUCUCUAUCAAACGCAAUCAACUGUUCGGGCUGAACGAUUUCAUAGCUAAUUGUGGUGGUAUUCUUGGUUUGUUCAUGGGUGUGAGCCUUCUUAGCAUUGUUGAGAUACUGUAUUACUUUACAAUGAAGCCGCUGAUCAACCAUUUUAUGCAGAAACAUCGGAAGAACCACAAAAUAGCUACAGUGGAACCUUAUGUCCCAGGAGGUACCUAUAGUUCUGUGUUCAACAAGUUCUUACGAGAUAUUGUUUGA